AUACAAAUAUCAUGGAUGCAGAAUCAAGACUAUCUCCACAAUCUAGAGACUCAGAUGAAUAUAAUCCUCUGGCUGAACGAUUGUUGGAGAAAGUUCCUACAAAACCAAGGCGGAAUCCAGAUGAGCUUCCAUUUCACAUACCCCACAAGAAAUCAUCGAAGAAGGUGGCACAUGAAGAAUUGCUAUCGGCAAAACCAUCAGUAUCAGUGCUCGAUCUUACAGCAUCUCAGAUAAAAAGGAGGCGAAGUUCAUUGCAGUCCAGGAGAAGUUUAGCACCACCGUCACCCAUUCAUCUUCCUCCAAUAUCAAGAGUUGAUGAUAAGCUACCUGUACAUACAACACAAAGAAAAGAGAAGAAGGAGGUUACUGAUAUUAUGAAACCAACAAGCAUGCUAGAAGUAGCUGAUCAGAGGUCCUUAAUUGAAUUGGUACAACGUAAUAAGAAGAUUGGUUUCCUGUACAUGACAUAUGCUGUACCAAGGUCAUCAAAAUUUUUCACCCCUUACUGCUUAAGAGUGGUUCCAUACAAAAAUAUUGAUAAGCAGAAUUUUCUGACAAUAAGUUCCGAAGGAGUGACCCAAUUUUAUCCUGGUGAUAUGGUAUUUACUAGUCUUCAGCAGUGGGAAUAUGAGUAUGACAGAUAUUGUAACUUGAUAUUAAUAAAAACAUUCUCUAUGUUUCGUAUGUGGAAAGGCUUUUAUGUCUGGAGAAAGAAUGUAAAAUGGAAGAAAAUUCACGAUGCAAGAAAAUCCCUUAAUGAACUGCUUUUCUUGCUGAAUCCAGCCUUACGUAAAGCAUUACUAGACGUUCAGCUUGCUUGUAAUAAGAUGGUUGAAGUAUAUUUCACUGACUUUAGUAAUAAGGAAAAGAAUAUCUUAUUUGAAUUCAUGAAUGCUCAGAUGAAAAACCUGGUUAUAGUUCGUGAACAGUUACUUGAAUAUAGAGACAUAGUUAAAGAACUUAUUAAUUGUGCUUGUCACAAAGCGCUCCUAUCUGUUGGAUUCACCACAGAUGAUCACAAUUUCCUGAUUCAGCCAUCUUCAUCAGCAACAAGUGGAGCAAAACGCAGUGCUAAUUCACAGUUCCAGAUGUCUUACAUGAAGCAGAUCAAUAAGCGACGGUUCUGCACAAGGCUUACAAGUUUCAUACAUUUAAUUGAUUUAAUGAUGGUGGGAAUGUUACAUGUUCUUGUGGUGAGAUCAUUGCUUGACCUCGAUAAAACAUUACAAAUGCACCUACACUUUUUGCCUAAUGAUGAGGCUCUGAAUUCUUUGGCUACAGAUGUUAACAUUGCUCCUCAGAGACCCUCCAGCAUCCCUCAGCUACCUCUCUUUAUUAUUAACCUUCUCAUUGAUGAGCACACAUUACUACUUGAUCCUCCUGAGCGUGCCUAUAUUGAGUCUCUAAGUCAGUUGAUGGACUUCUGGGAAGAAACAGUAAUAAAUAUAAACACGUUUCUUCCAGAUCCAUAUUUCAGACCGUUCACUGAGCCCAUGAUAUGUGGAAAAGCAGAAGGAAGACUUUGUGGUACAGGACCUGAAAUUGAUGUCAUCCUGAAAGAAGACAAACAUCGUCUUGAUAUUCGCACAAAUAUUAUAUUAAGCAUUCAUAACAAUUUUGAAGCAAUUAAUAAGUAUAUUCAGAGAUUUCAGUUUAUUAGAGAAUUUCACACUGUUAACACAGCAACUGACAUGGAAUCUAUAACUAAUGAAACAGAGGCAAAAAACAGAAUUGAGUUUUUUGAUAGCACUAGUCUGGUUGUAGAAGUCAUGCUGUGGAAAAAGGAUAUUUACUGUGAGCAUCAUGAGCCAUUGUGUGUUCCAAAAGGGGCCAGUGUAUGCUACAUGAAUGCAUUGCCAAGAGUGUCAGCACAUCACAGGACAUUUGUUGUCACUUGUUGUAAAACAAUGGUGGAAAAACGGAGUAGCUGUACGGCUUCUGAAGGGGAGGCACUGCCACAACUUAUAAAAGCCUGCAUUUGUGCUGGAUACCAUGAAUUUCUUUGUUUCAUUGCCAAGAUGAAGUUUGAAUCUUAUGUGGAACUAAAACCACUUUUGGGUUCUUCUGUAAGCACACUUGCUGACUGUGUCCAUUUCUGUGAUGAAGUCAGCAUUCUGCUUUCUACAACUAUGAUCAGGGAAAAUCUAACUCCACAAAGUCACAUAGGAAUUUUCACAGGCAAAGACUGUGGUGCUUUAAGAUAUCUGCCCUCAUUCUAUUACCUGCUAUACACUAUUUUCCACAUUCAUGAGGAAAUCUUAACAGUGUUCACACACUGGUUUUGGCAUAUUUCACUGUGGUAUCCUGUUAGUGCCUACCAAGUUCCCUUUUUUGUACGAAUCACUUUCACAUUUCAGUUUCGCGGCCGAUGCACCAUAUGUGGGGUGGAAAGGAAUAUUCACUCAUUUAACCACAACCGUAGGCACUGUGGCGUGUCUCCUUAUGAACCACUUUCACUAACACAUUUAAGGCUGCUUCUCAUGAAGCCUCCAUGUCCCUCAGAAACAGAUAACAUACCCCAAGCUUCUGUUCUCAGGUUACAUCUAAGGGAGGAAAAAACCUUAGUUAUCAUAUGGAUUGAUAGGUUAAAGAAGUUAUUCAUUCAACAGCAGUUACUUUGCUUUAUUACACACAUAAUUAAAAGCUUUUUUUAUUAUUAUUAUAACAUACCAGUACUCUACAAUCUGCAUUUCUUAACCCCCUUAAUGCUUUGGAUUGCCUCUGGUGGCAUCAUACUAUUACCCUUUCUUACCUACAGACAAUCUUACUUCCCAACACAACAGUUGUUAAUUUAUGCAGAGUUUAUUUUUUCAGAUUUUAGGAAUUUUCAGCUUCAAUUACUUCUCUUAACAAAAAGUUUCUUGAAAAAUACCUGCCCAGACUUUACAUUCAAACACCAUACAUACCCUUUAACUUCUCCAUGCAUAUUUGAGAAUACAUUGAGUGGACAUAGUUCUCUUAAUUUGAUCCUCCCAGCAUUUUCAUUUUCCCUCUUGUCCCAUUUUUCUAAUGUGUCAAAAAUGCUCUAUUCAGUCAUGAGAUCAUUUCAUCCUUCAGUUCUUUACGAUGUGAUUCAAGUAUUGAAAACAGUAUUUGCAUCCAAUUUGGUGCCUCUACCUUGCCACUUGUCCUUUCAACCAGAUUCAUUUGUUCACACACUGGUUUUGGCAUAUUUCACUGUGGUAUCCUUUUCGCGGCCGAUGCACCAUAUGUGGGGUGGAAAGGAAGUAAUGGAACUGGCCAUUACUUUUUGUUAUGUCAUUAAGGAAAAGACUCUUACAUUGACUGUGCAUGCUCCUUUUUUGUUUACAGUAUUUAAAAUAAACAUGAAAUAUCAUGAGUAUGUGCAGUCAUUUAGUAUCAGUAUUGAACUGAUAGUUAAUGUUGUUACAUCAGUCACCAUCUGCAUGAAAAUAAAUUGCCAAAAAUGUGCCUCCUUAAAUGUGGCUCAUUUCAGUUUCAUGGCUAGACUCCUGGUUAGUCCCCUCUUUUUUUGCUCACCAGUGACUUCUAUAGUUGAAACCAGUGUUUCACAUUUGUAUCUAAAACUGUUUUGUCUAACAUGUCAGCAGGCCUUUUCCCCAAAUUUCAACUUUUUGCUGUUAGUACAGGCAUUCCAUCUUUCAAAAUGUUGUGUUGAAGUGGUUUUUGUUGUAAUUUGGACACAUAACACAACCAAGAAUGCUCUAUCGGAAGUUCACUGUAUUGUUCUUUCACGGUGCACUCUCGCAUAUGACAAAACACUGCUAAUGCACACUGCUUUCAAGUGUCCAGCACCUGGUAGUGGCGGUGUCCUGCAAUUGGCAUCUGAGGCAGAGGAGAUGGCUCUGGUAGCAGUACUGGUAGCAGUAUUGGAAAAGCUGCACCAGCUUCAUCCACCAGUGAUGGGGGAUCCCUUACAUGUCUUCUCAGCGACAUACCUACCUCAAGUGAUCUGUCGCGCGACGCAGUCUGCCUUAGUGAUGUCUGUGUCCUGGCUGGGGUUGCUGGUCAUCCACCUGCAGGCGCAACUGGUCAUAAUGACGCGCACAGAGGCACUCCUCCAUACAGGUGUUUCAGAGAAAGCAGUCGCACCAUCGAGAGAUGACAUCAGGAAUCCAUUUUGGCACCAGUGUCGAUUUUCAGGUGCAAAACCUUCUGAUAAACCUUGCUUAUUGGGUGCAAAGGAGAUUGCUGAUACACAAUUGACAUCAAUGUCAUCAUCUGGAAUACGCUGUUGGAAUUUUGGUUUACAAACGGGAGACCAAGGAUUACUAUGUAAUUACAAUAUGGGUUAUGAAAACAUUAUUGACAGAAUAAUGUGCACAUGUCUAGCUUGUAGGCAAAAACAAUCAGAACAACUAAGCAGUCUGCAAAAAUAUAUCAGACUUCAGCUAAAGAAGGAUCUGGAUGUUGUAAUGCUUGAGCAUGAACUUCACUGUCUGGUGCUAUCUGAUCAUGUCAUGUAUAAAUUAUUCUGCAUGCCUUGCACAUCUGUGUCCAUGAUGCAUAACUGCCAGAUGUUGCAUUAUGAAGUUGAAGGAUCUCUAAACAAGCAGCCACCAUAUGCAUUUCUAUGGCUGAAUGUUCACUUAAAAGUGCUAGCCAGAUGCCAAACUUCAGCUAAAGAAGGAUUGAUCGCUAUAAUGCUUGAAUGUUCACUUCACUCUCAGGAGCUAAUCAUGUCAUGUAUUAGUGAUUCUGUGCAUGAUAGUUCACAAGAACAUGUUUUUAAGUGUGGUAACUAUUCAUCAUUAUCAGUGGAAGAACAGCUACAGUUAAAUUCAUCAGUUAUCUUUAUAGUCAUGAAAACAACUGAGUGUAGUGAGAAUGCUUACUAUUUCAACGAGGACAUUUUCAGUGGAAGAGUUCUUCUGAGUAGGAGGAAACUUCACGGAGCAUUUAUGGAGAAAUUUAGAAAACUUCUUACAUCCUAUCAUCAACAAAUUGAUGAUAUCAAUAAACUCCAGGAUUCUCAAGAUAUUGGAAUUUUCCAGUUAGUGUUUGAGAGAUUAAAGGGAACUGUAUUGCCAGUUACGACAGCUUUAUUAGGUGCAGUUGAGCUUACGUUACCACGUAUCAUUAACAUUAAAAAAUACACUCAUGUCAGAGUUUGCAUUCCAGUGGUUGCUUUGGUAGAAAGAAAUCAUGAUUAUUAUUAUAGAGCAAAUGGGAAUUUGGGAAAAUCUAAACCAUGCCCAUUGUUUACAUUUUCAUUGCAAGAAGUUUUGAUGAGUUACACAUUGAUCUUCAAUGGAAAUGCUGUAAUUAUUUACAAAACAUCAGUUUCUGUGACAUGUAAGGAACUAGAGAAUUCAAAUAAAAGAAGGGAAACUCUUGUGGUUCUUUAUCUAAAUAUUGGUGCUUCACUCAAAAUAGAUGUUUUUAAAUCUGUCUGCCACAAACUACUGUGGUGGAAGCUUCUUCUUUCACACCAGGAAGAAUUGAUAACUACUUGUAUAAAUGACAAAUUCAGGAUUGACGAUCCAAUCAUGUCUCCUGGGUUCUUCAUUUAUUUUGUCAUACAGUGUAGUUUAUACAUUUACAAAACUAAUAUUAGAGAAAUAGACAGUUUGUUAAAGAGAAUGAAGGAAGGGAGAGUAGAUUUUAAUGUACUAUUGCAGAGAGGGUCAUCAGGGCUUCUGCCAAAACCAUCUGCCCAGUGGGCACAGGUUCUUCAGGAUCUCAAAGGACUAUUUUUAAAGCCAGUGUGGCUAAUGAGGGUUUGCUCUGUUUUCAUGUGCCUAUUUCUGACCAUCCUACCACAAGAUUUAUUAUCGUUUUUGUUUACAUCUUAUAAAAACUACAACCAUGUGCUACAACAAAAAGCAGUAUAUUACUAUCACAAAAUUUUAGAAGACCUAGUAUGCCACAUUCAAAAUGUUUCAGACAUUGUGUUUUCAUUUUGUUUUCGCAUCAGAGGAGCUGUUAAAAAAAUUGGCAAAGAAAAGAUAGAUGACCUUGUUACUGAAGCUGGAGAAGCCCAAGCUUUUCUGGAACUGGAACCAAGGACAACAAUACAGUUUGUUGAAUAUCUUACUUUCCUUGACUCAGCUCAGCAUAAGGUUGAUAUGAUGGAAACUCAGAUGGAUUAUUGUAAGGAGCUCUAUGACAUUAUUGAUGAAUUCCAGAUUCCAUGUGCACCAGAAGAUCAAGUAAAUUACUUGGGCUUCAGUGUAACUUUAUCAGCACUUCGUAGUGUGGUAGAUGGAAAGCUAACUGAAUAUCCAAAAAUACUCAGCAAGUUUGAUGACCAGAUAAACAGAGACAUAAGUUCAUUAUUCUCUGAUGUUGGAGAUGUGAAGGAUGAGGUUACGCAACCGUGGUUGAUUGAUGUGAACUCAAACCCAGAAGAAGUUAAGCUGACACUGAAUAUGCUCAGUGAGCAACUGGCAGAAUUCCAGAAAAAGGCAGCUGAAUACAGAGGAUACCAGAGACAAUUCAAACUGGAAAUCACAAAAUUUGAACUUUUAGAUGAAGUUCUUAAUGAUGUCAAAUUACGUCAACUUCUGUGGGAGAGUGUUGAAAAAUGGGACAAGUUAAUACAAGAGUGGUAUGAAGCUGAUUUCAGCACAUUGGAUCCAGAGGAAAUGAAUGUGACAACAAUGCGCUUUAUUAAGAACAUUCUGCAACUGGAAAAAGGAUUACCAGAAAAUUUGAUCCUUCCUCAGCUGAAAUAUAAUGUUGAACUAAUGAAAGAUAAGAUGGCAGUGGUCACAUAUUUACGUAAUCCAUCAUUAAAACCACGUCAUUGGCUCCAAAUAGAAGGUGUACUGAAGUAUAAAUUUCCUACAGAAGAGCCUAUUACAUUGCGUUUGUUGGAAUGUAUAGGAGUUUUCACAUUUCCAGAUGAACUUCAAGAAAUUUCGGGGCAGGCAAGCUCUGAAUCUGGAUUGGAGUCAUUGCUACAGAAAGUCGAAGAUGCAUGGAAAACAAUUGAAUUCGUUGUCUUACCUCACAGGGAUAGCAAGGAUGUGUUCAUUCUUGGAGGGCUUGAGGAAAUACAGCAAGUUUUAGAUGAUAGUAAUAUUAAUAUGAGCACAAUAACAAGUUCACGUCAUGUGGGGCCUAUCAAGCCAAGAGUGGAUGAGUGGGCCAGUCAGCUUCAGUUGUUUAGUAAUACUUUGGAAGCAUGGAUGCUAUGCCAACAAGGAUGGAUGUAUUUAGAGUCUAUUUUUUCUGCUCCAGAUAUACAAAGGCAAUUGCCUCAAGAAGACAAGAUGUUUAAUAUUGUUGAUAAAUCAUUUAAGGAUAUAAUGAGAAGGACUGCAGAGAAUCCACUGGCUAUGCAAGCAUGCACAGCUCCAGGCUUAUUGGAGACAUUCAAUAGAAAUAAUGUCCUACUUGAUCAAAUUAUGAAAUGUUUGGAGGCUUAUCUGGAAACUAAACGUGUUGCAUUUCCACGAUUUUAUUUCCUUUCCAAUGAUGAACUUCUAGAAAUUUUGGCACAGACGAGAAACCCAUUUGCAGUACAGCCACAUUUAAGAAAAUGUUUUGAUGCAAUUGCAAAACUGGAAUUUGGUGUACACGAGAAGGAGGGAGAAUCUGGUGAAACAGUCGCAACAGUAAUGACUACUGACAUUGUAGCAAUGAUAUCACCAGAAGGAGAGAGAGUAGCUCUUGGACAGGGUUUAUAUGCAAGAGGAAAUGUUGAAGAUUGGUUAGGGAAAGUUGAAGAAUACAUGUUCCUCACUCUUAGAAAGCGGAUGAAAUUUGCUAUUGGUGACCACCACAAUAGUGAAAGAGAAGUUUGGGUGGUUUCCCAUCCAGCACAGGUUAUAUUGACUGUAUCUCUUAUAAUAUGGUGUGAGAAUGUACAUCUUGUAUUUAUGCCAGACAAGAAUAUUAAGCAAGCCCUGGCUUCAUUUGAAAAGAAAUGUUUUCAGGAUUUGAACAGUCUUGCAGCAAUGGUGAGAGGUGACUUAAGUAAACUAAAUCGAAUGAUAAUCUGUUCACUUAUUACAAUAGAUGUUCAUGCAAGAGACAUCAUUACUUCAUUAGUGAAACUGAAUGUACAAAACAGCUCUCACUUUGAAUGGUUGAAGCAGCUUCGUUAUUACUGGGAGGAAGAUAUAGACAACUGUGUUGCACGAAUGUCAAGUGCAUGUUAUGUUUAUGGAUACGAGUACCUGGGAGCAUCUCCGCGCUUGGUGAUAACACCUCUUACUGAUAAAUGUUACCUUUGCCUGAUGGGUGCUUUGCAACUAGACUUAGGUGGAGCUCCUGCAGGACCAGCAGGUACAGGGAAAACAGAGACUACAAAAGAUCUUGCUAAGUCAUUGGCUAUACAGUGCGUAGUGUUCAACUGCUCAGAAGGUCUGGAUUAUAAGAUGAUGGGUCGGUUUUUCUCUGGUUUGGCACAGUCUGGUGCAUGGUGCUGCUUUGAUGAAUUCAAUCGAAUUGACAUUGAAGUAUUGUCAGUUAUUGCACAGCAACUAAUUACAAUAAGAAAUGCCAAGGCUGCAAAACUCGCCAGAUUUGUAUUUGAAGGAAGGGAGAUUAAGCUUAUACAAACUUGUGCUGCUUUUAUUACAAUGAACCCAGGAUAUGCUGGCAGGACAGAGUUACCAGACAACUUAAAAGCACUUUUCCGGCCAAUAUCCAUGAUGGUUCCUGACUAUGCUCUUAUUGCAGAAGUAAUCCUUUAUUCUGAAGGUUUUGAGUCAUCCAAGAAUCUUGCAAACAAGAUGGUGCAAAUGUAUAAACUAUGCAGUGAACAACUAUCUCAGCAGGAUCACUAUGACUUUGGGAUGAGGGCAGUAAAAAGUGUGCUGGUUAUGGCUGGUUCUCUGAAGAGAGAGAAUCCUGAUAAGAGUGAAGAUGUUGUACUUAUUAGAGCAUUGAGAGACAGUAAUCUUCCAAAAUUCCUCACUGAUGAUGCUACAUUAUUUCAGGGUAUUUUAGGUGAUCUGUUCCCUGGUGUUGAGAUCCCAGAGCAGGAUUAUGGAGUCUUACAAGCUGCUAUAAUAACAGUCAUGGAAGAGAAUGAUUUGCAGCCAGAAUCAUGUAUGAUUGCAAAGGUGAUACAGUUCCACGAGACAAUGAUUGUUCGACAUGGUGUUAUGCUUGUUGGCCCUACAGGUGGUGGAAAGACAACUGUUAUAAAUGUACUGAAAGAUACCCUCACUAGACUACAUGCUGAUGGUGUACCAGGCCCUGUUUAUCGGCCUGUAAUAACAUAUGUAUUAAAUCCCAAAUCUGUAACUUUAGGAGAGCUUUAUGGUGAAGUGAAUUUACUAACAAUGGAAUGGAGAGAUGGCCUCUUAGGAAUCAUGGUUCGCACUGCUUGUGAAGAUGAAAUACAUCAGUGGGUAAUCUGUGAUGGUCCAGUAGAUGCAGUCUGGAUUGAGAAUAUGAAUACUGUCCUAGAUGACAACAAAAUGUUAUGUUUGGCAAACUCAGAACGUAUAAAACUCACACCUUGGGUCCACAUGGUCUUUGAGGUGCAAGAUUUAGCACAAGCCUCCCCUGCUACAGUCAGUCGCUGUGGGAUGGUCUAUAUAGAUCCUGAAGAAUUGCAGUACAUGCCAUAUGUAAACACUUGGCUGAAGAAUCUUGGUGCACCAAUGCCACCUGAACUUAAAGAAUAUGUCAAGCAGUUGUAUGAGGGUUAUGUUGACAAAGGACUGACCUUUGUCAAGAAAAACUGCAACCAUGCAAUAGCACAGGCAGAUAUCAGCAAAGCUACUAUGCUUUGUGGGCUGAUGGAGAGCCUAAUUAUGUCACCUGGAAGUAUUGAUAAAACGUCUGAUGCUUCUCGAAUAAAAAAUUUCCUCUGCCAGGCCUAUGUGUUUUCAUAUCUUUGGUCCCUUGGUGGCAACCUCACUGAUGCAUCCCAAGAAAAAUUUGAAAUCUUUGUGAAGGAGCAGUUUGAUGACCAUCCAGAUGCACGUUUGCCAGCUGCUGAUGAUCUGUGGAGUGUGUAUGUAAACAUUCCACAAAAGAGAAUGAGCCUUUGGAGCAGCAUAGUGCCGGCUUUUCAAUUUGAUCGGGAAAUGCCUUUUUUUGAAAUGUUAGUACCAACUACUGAUACUGUCCGUUUUGGUUAUGUAACUGAGAGGUUACUUUCUGUCAAGAGGCAUGUCUUACUCACAGGAGACACAGGUGUUGGGAAAUCUGUCAUUGCUAAAGAGGUUCUGAACAAAUUGUUAGCACAAGGAGAUCAUAUUACUGUGGCACUGAAUUUUUCUGCCCAGACAAGCAGUAGCCGCACACAAGAAAUAUUUGAAGCUAAGUUGGAGCGAAGAAAAAAAACUGUGCUGGGCCCUCCACUUGGCAAAAAACUUGUUUUCUUUGUGGAUGAUGUCAACAUGCCAAAGCUGGACACCUAUGGUGCCCAGCCUCCAAUUGAAUUAUUAAGACAAUAUCUUGACUUUGGUGGGCUUUAUGACAGAGAGAAAUUGUUCUGGAAAGAAAUUCAAGAUGUUGUUAUUAUAGCAGCAUGUGCACCGCCUGGAGGUGGAAGGAAUCCAUUGACUCCUCGAUUUGUGCGCCAUUUUUCUAUGCUGUUUAUUCCUUCACCUUCUGAGUUCACACUGAAAAAUAUUUUCAAGGUAAUACUGCGUGGCUUUCUUAGUGAUUUCACAAACCCAGUGAAAGACUUAGGAGAUAUUAUUGUAAAUUCAGCAGUGGAAAUAUAUAAUCGAAUAUCAGAAGACCUCCUGCCCACACCUGCAAAAUCCCACUAUGUCUUCAAUCUACGUGAUUUAUCAAAGUGUAUACAAGGUGUACUGCAAGCAGAUGCUGGCACUGUGAGGGAAGCUAUUCAGAUGAUGAGGUUGUUCUAUCAUGAAUGCCUGCGAGUUUUUCAUGACCGUUUAAUAAAUAUUGAAGAUAAAAGCUACUUUUAUAAAUUAAUGUAUGAGGUAUGCAAUCGCACCUAUGGAGAUCCUGUCAUUCAGUUGCCUGAAGAGGAAAUAAUUCUUCACCCACCUGUUCUUCUCUUUGGCGAUUUCAUGGUUAUGGGAGCAUCUAAAGAGGACAAAGUAUAUGAAGAAAUAACAGACAUUGAGAAGUUCAAGAAAGUAGCUCAGGACUAUUUAGAAGACUACAACUUAACAACACCCAAAGAAAUGAAACUUAUAUUUUUUAUGGAUGCUCUGGAACACAUAACUCGUCUGGCACGAAUUUUAAGAGCAGAAAGAGGAAAUGGACUGCUGGUGGGUGUAGGAGGAAUGGGUAAGCAAAGCUUGACCCGGCUUGCAGCACAUCUCUGUGGAUACAAGUGUUUUCAGAUUGAGCUGACACGUAACUAUGAUCACGCAUCAUUCCAUGAUGAUCUUCGUUUAUUAUAUUUUAAUGCAGGUGCAUUGAAUCAGGACACAGCCUUUCUCUUUACAGAUUCACAGAUUGUGUCAGAGGAAUUUCUGGAAGAUAUCAACAACAUUUUGAACUCAGGUGAAGUGCCUAACCUUUUUGAAUCUGAUGAGUAUGAAAAAGUUAUCAUUGCAUCAAGAAAUGAUGCAAAGGAGGCAGGUAUUGAUGAAGGAAACAGAGAUGGAAUAUUUGAGUUUUUUAUAAGCAGAGUUAGAAGCAGGCUCCAUUUAGUUUUAUGUAUGAGUCCUGUGGGAGAUGCCUUUAGGCGAAGGUGCCGUAUGUUUCCCUCUUUGGUUAACUGUUGCACAAUUGACUGGUUUGUGGAAUGGCCUCAAGAAGCGCUGUUGUCAGUAGCAAGCACAACACUUGCAGAAGUUGGUACUGAGGAACUAAUUGAAAAGCUCUCUACAAUGUGUGUCACAAUUCAUGAGAGUGUGGCACAAAUGACAGUACGUUUCUACAACGAAAUGCGGCGGUAUUAUUACACAACUCCAAGUAGCUACUUGGAACUCUUGAAGCUGUACUUGACUAUGCUGCAGAAUAAGACAGACCAGUUACAAAAGAAACAUGACCGUAUUGCUAAUGGCCUACGGAAACUGUAUGAAACAAAUGAAUUAAUCGAUAGAAUGAAGAUCGAAUUGACUGCAAUGGAACCAGAACUGAAGCAGAAAUCAAUAGACGCAGUUGAACUUAUGAAGCAUUUAGUAAAAGAGCAGGCUCAAGCAGAUAAAGUGAGGAAGAUUGUGGUGGCAGAUGAGGCAGUCGUAAAGGUAAAAGCUCAGGAAACUCAGCAGCUAGCAGAUGAAGCACAACGUGAUCUAGAUGCAGCACUGCCAGCAAUGGAAGCAGCUAUGAAGGCUCUGGAAUCACUCAAUAAGAAUGAUAUCAAUGAACUUCGUGUGUUUACUAAACCACCACAACUAGUCAAAUUUGUUAUGGAAUCUGUAUGUCUUCUUAUGGGUGCGAAAACUGACUGGGCUUCAGCAAAAACCCUGCUUGGAGACACUAACUUCUUGAAGAGGCUUCAAGACUAUGAAAAGGACAAUAUAACAGACAACAUGUUGAAGAAACUGAAACAGUAUGUGGAUCAUCCAGACUUCACCCCUGAGACUGUCGCAGGUGUAUCAAAAGUGUGUAAAUCGAUAUGCAUGUGGGUACGAGCAAUUGAUUGUUAUGCCAAAGCAUAUCGUAUUGUACAGCCAAAGAAAGCAAAGCUGGCAGCAGCAGAACAGGAACUCAAUCAAAUAAUGUCAGUACUGCGUGAGAAACAGCAAGCGUUGGCAGCAGUAGAGAAACAGAUUGCAGACCUAGAAGCAACAUAUGACAGAAGUGUCAAUGAGAAAGCAGAGCUUGAACGAAUGAUGGAACUCACUGCUAACCGUCUGGUUCGUGCUGGUCACCUCACAACUGCUCUUGGUGAUGAGCAGCUGCGAUGGGAGAAAUCUGUUAAGGAUUUAAAAGUAGCACUGAUAACAGUUGUGGGAGAUGUUCUGGUGGCUGCUGCAUGUGUUGCUUACCUUGGGGCAUUUACAAACAAUUAUCGUGUAGAGCUAGUUCAAAAGUGGGUUGAACAUAUCAUGGCUUUGGAGAUUCCUGCAUCUGAGGUUUUCAGUUUAAUCAAUGUUCUGGCAGAUCAAUUUGAAAUAAGACAGUGGAAUGUCUAUGGAUUGCCACGUGAUAAUGUCUCAACAGAAAAUGCAAUAAUGGUCACUAAAGGCAGUAGAUGGCCUCUGAUGAUUGAUCCUCAAGAACAGGCAAGCAGAUGGAUAAGACAAAUGGAAAGUGAAAAUCAAAUAAAAAUCGUGAAACUGACAGAUGCAGGAUUUAUGCGGUCACUUGAAGGUGCUGUUCGAGUUGGUAUGCCUGUAUUACUUGAAGAAUUAGGGGAAACAUUGGAUCCCACUCUUGGACCAAUACUUUUACGCCAGACAUUUGUCCAGGGUGGAAGACUUCUCAUUCAUCUUGGUGAUUCAGAUGUUGAAUAUGAUCCUAAUUUCCGUUUUUAUAUGACAACCAAGCUGUCCAAUCCUCACUACCUUCCUGAAGUGUGCAUACAAGUGACAAUUGUUAAUUUCACUGUUACUCGUUCAGGACUAGAAGAUCAGCUUUUGAGUGAUGUUGUCCGCCUGGAGAGACCAGAUCUGGAGAAACAACGAAAUGAGCUAAUAACUAGGAUUAAUAAUGACAAAACACAACUGCAGAAUAUUGAGGAUAAAAUAUUAAGAAUGUUGUUUACAUCUGAGGGUAACAUUCUUGAUGAUGAAGAGCUAAUUGAAACACUUAAUAAAAGCAAGGAAACUUCCGGAACCAUUGCAGCCAGACUUGUUGAGGCAGAAGCAACUGAACAUAAAAUUUCUGUUGCUCGAGAGAAAUACAGAACUGUGGCUGCUCGUGGUUCUGUUUUAUAUUUUGUUGUUGCACAGUUGGCAGAAAUUGAUCCCAUGUAUCAGUACUCACUACGAUAUUUUAAUCAGGUCUUCAACACAGUAAUUGAAACAAGUGAAAAAUCAGAUAUACUGGAUGUCAGAUUAAUGACACUUCUCGCUGCAAUUACACUUGCAGUGUAUACAAAUGUUUCACGUGGUUUAUUUGAACGACACAAAUUGGUGUUCAGUUUUCUGCUAUGUAUAAAUAUAUUAAAACAUGCUGGUGAGAUAACAGAAGCUCAGUGGGGAUUUCUUUUAAGAGGACCAAUAAAAUUGAAGAAAGAAGAAAAGCCUGAUAUCCCGACUCUCUCAGAUGCUAUGUGGAUGGCUGUCAACUUCUUGGAUGAUGCAUUUCCUAGUUUCAAGGGCAUCACAAAUGAUGCGCUAAAAGCCAUACCAGUAAUGAUUGGAACUUUUAAACAGGUAAUAAAUCUUACCAAUGAUUCAGCAGCACCCAUUGUCGAAAGCUGGGAUCAAACUCUUAGCAUGUUUGAGAAGCUAAUGCUUCUGAAAGCACUGAAAGAAGAAAAGCUUGUUUUUGCUAUUACUGCCUUUGUGAGAGAAAAGCAAGGCCAAAGUUUUAUUGAAAGUCCGCAAGUCAGUUUACAUGUUCUCUACAAGGAUACCUCAAAUGUUGUGCCUCUCAUAUUUGUUUUGAGCACUGGAUCUGACCCUUUUGGAGCAUUUCAAAGGUUUGCUACAGAGAAAGGAUUCAGAGACAGAAUACUGUCUAUUUCAUUGGGGCAAGGUCAAGGUCCAGUUGCUGAAAAACUUAUUGGUACUGGCACAGCAAACGGAGACUGGGUCUUUUUGCAGAACUGUCACCUUGCAACUUCAUGGAUGUUAUCUAUGGAAAAAAUCAUCAUUGGUUUCUCAGAGAAUCCAGAACAAGUUAAUCCUGAUUUCCGCUUAUUUCUCAGCUCAAUGCCAUCAAAAUCUUUUCCUGUGUCUGUUCUGCAGAACUCUGUAAAGGUUACAAAUGAACCACCAAAAGGUCUUCGUGCUAAUAUAAAAAGGGCAUUCCUUGAACUUACAGAGGAUUUCUUUGAAGAUCACCCACUUGGUCCAGACUGGAGAAAAAUGAUAUUUGGCAUUUGUUUCUUCCAUGGAGUAAUUCAAGAACGUAAGAAGUUUGGCCCACUUGGCUGGAAUAUUACAUAUGAAUUCAAUGACAGUGACAGAGAGUGUGCAUUAAAUACAAUGAAGAUGUUCUGUGCUGAAAACUCAAUUCCUUGGGAUGCUCUUGAAUAUAUCACUGGGGAAAUAACAUACGGAGGCCGUGUUACUGAUUCAUGGGACCUCAGAUGUCUCAAAACAAUACUGAAAGGAUUUUUCUCACCAAAAAUUUUAAAGUCAGGAUAUAUUUAUUCUGCAUCUGGUGUCUACUAUUGCCCUGAAUCUGAAGACUUUUCGACACUGGAGCAGUACAGAAACUUUAUAGACCAACUUCCAAUUAUAGAGGAACCAGAGAUUUUUGGAAUGCACGAAAAUGCAAAUAUAGCUUUUCAGGUAAAGGAAACACAGACAGUCAUUCUUACAAUUCUUGAUGUCCAACCUCGAGAAUCAAGUGGAGCAGAAGGAAAAUCCAGUGAUGAAAUAAUAUUUGAACUUGCAGAUGCAAUAAGAGGACAAAUUCGGAAGAAGUUGGAUCCAGAUGAAAUUCACCCAUCUCUUCUUGUACGUGAUGAAAAAGGACGAUUGCCUUCUCUAACAACUGUUUUACUGCAAGAGACUGACCGAUUUAAUAAACUGUGCCAUACCCUGCAUUCUUCACUCGACAAUCUUCAGAAAGCCAUUAAGGGCUUGGUGGUGAUGUCUGAAGCCCUAGAAGAGAUGUUUAUUUCCUGCAUGAAUAACCAGGUGCCAAAAAUGUGGGCAACAGUGGGAUACUUAUCUCUUAAGUCACUUGGAAGCUGGAUUCGUGAUCUUGAAACAAGACUUGACCUCAUACAGACAUGGUUAACAAGUGGACAGCCUAUCUCAUUCUGGAUAUCUGGCUUCUUUUUCCCACAAGGUUUUCUGACAGGUACUUUACAGACACAUGCACGAAAAUAUGAACUGCCUAUUGAUCAACUGAAAUUUGAGUUCACAGUACAAAAGGUGGUACUAGAUCAGGAACUGCUGAAGGCAGCACACUAUCAAGCAGAAGGAAAAGAGGUUCCAGAAAUGUAUGAAGGACUAAAAAGACCAAGUGAUGGAGUCCUUGUGCAUGGAAUAUUUCUAGAUGCUUCAAGAUGGGAUCUUCAGACAAUGACACUAUGUGAUCCAAAUCCUGGCGAAAUGAAUCCUCCUCUUCCUGUGACCUUACUGACACCCGUAACUGCACUUACUUACAAAGGAAUAAGAUAUGUCGCACCACUGUAUAAAACAUCUGAACGUGCUGGGGUGCUUUCAACUACGGGUCACAGUACCAAUUUCGUCAUUGCUUUUUAUCUACCUUCAAAGCAAGAGGAAAGUUACUGGAUUUUGAAAGGUGCAGCUCUGUUAACGCAAAUAACGGACUGAAUAUGCAUACUAGUUAU